AUGCCUGCUCGGCCGAACGUGGACAAGUCGAAAUUCUGCCACUUCCACAAAGGCCACGGGCAUGAUACCGAAGACUGCAUCCACCUGAAGGACGCAAUAGAGAUAUUAAUCAGGGAAGGGCACUUAAAACAAUAUGCAAAGAAACAAGAGGUUGCCCAGGUAGCCAAGCCGGUCGUCGAAGAAAAGCCUGCGGAGGACACGCCCGCCAUGCAGGUGGCCAUUAGUAUUACCCGACCAGAGGACUUUUACCUUCCCGAAUGGGCGAAAAUAUCUUCCCCCCUCUCUUCUCACAGCCCAUGGGAGCUCUUCCCCUCCGCAAUGGUCAUCUCCGGAGGGGGAUUCAGCAAACUCACCGUCGGGUCUGUAAAGCGGAAGUUUGACGAGUUAAUUUCCGCAAACUCGAGCAAAAUUGCAACUCUCGACCUUGCCAAAGGAAACUCCUCCCCCAUCGCAUUCUACCGAGAAGAGCUUCUAGGUGGUGCCCCUAACGCCACCAUUCCUCUCCUCAUUCGUGCUCGAAUGGCCAACUUCGACGUGCGCCGAAUUUUGGUCGAUCAAGGGAGUUCGGUAGACAUUAUGUACUCUCAACUGUUCAAAAUGUUGCAGCUAGACGACCACCACCUCACACCCUAUGUAGGCUACGACCUACAAGGCUUCAAUGGCACAGUGACAAAGCCGUGGGAAUUCGUCAAGCUAAUUGUCUCGGUCGGAUCAGCAGAAACAACCAGGGCUGUCAAAGUCCAGUUCCUGGUCAUCGAUUGCCCUUCUAUCUACCAAUGCAUCUUGGGAUGGCCUACGCUGGCUGAACUAAUUGUCGUUCCCUCAACGGUUCACCUCAAACUCAAGUAUUACACAGCAAAGGGACAAGUAGCCACACUCCAUAGAGACAUCGAAGCGGUCAAGAGAUGUUUCGAAGCAUCCUUCAAUGGCCUCAACUCAAUAAAAACUGCUUCUCAACCCCAAGACAAACCAACGACCAACACAGGACCUGAGGCAAACAAAUGA